AUGGCCCCAAAGAAGCGUUCUAGGACUAGUGCAUCUUCUUUUAAUCCAUCUAGUGAGUUGGAGUUAUCAUUUAGCACUUGUUUUCAAAACUCUCACACUCAGCAAUUAGGAAUUAGAACCCAUGGAGACACCCCCAUUUCUUCUAAUCAACCUUUUAGUUAUGGGAUCCUACAUCAUGCGGGACAUCAUCUCGAUGCUGCCAACAACACUUGGAUGAAACAUGACCAUCCAGUGGAUAAUGAAUAUGAUGACGUUGACACUGCUUUUGACGAUAUUCCAGUCCCCGAGCUCUUACUGUUAUGGAACAUUCUGGUUUUCAACUCUGUAGCACUGAAUUGGCCUAACUUUGUCACACUGAUCAAGGAGCCUGAAUUUAUAAAGUCUACUCUGAUUCUGCAUUCUGGUUGGCAUUCAAAAGCUGAAACCAAACAACAUGACCGAAAGGCGAUACGUAGAUACAUUAUUGAGGUAUUGAAUCUUCGAAUUGUUUCUCCAGAUUCCUCCCAAUUUCCGCCUUAUAACUUUUUCGUUUUUGUUCUCAGGAUGACUAAAUCUGCAUCUUCUACAGAAUUGGAAGUUCAAGUAGGAAGUAUGCCUCUUUCCUUAGACAAAGAACUUCUGGCCUCAAAAUCAGCUAAAGUUGCUGCCUUACUUAAAGAGAAUUCCAAUGCAGAUCUAUAUUACUUGCUUCAUGACAUUCCAGCUGAUUCAGAGACUUUCGACCUUGUUGCAAGAUUCUGCCAUGGAUGUGCAGUUCAGAUGUCCACUGAAAACAUUGUACCACUCAUCUGCUUGUCUUUCUACUUGGGUAUGGAUGAAAAUCACUGCAAUAACAAUCUAUUAAGCAAAGCUGUUACUUUCUUCGAACAAACAGUCCUUCCUAGUUGGAAUGAAAUUAUCAAGGCUUUGCGCUCCUCCGAAAAGUCCCUUCAACAAACAAUGCAGAUCGGUUUAUUCGAUGCCUGCUUACAGGCUAUGAUUGCAAAGGCAUCAGAUAAUCCGAGACAUCUAGGGGAACCGAUAAUCGUCUCAACAGACAAAGGUGAUGACAGUGAUAGGCCUAAUGCAAAGAGGAGGCUCUUUGCUCUUGACUGGCAGGAGGAUUUGACAACAUUGUCUCUCCAGCUAUAUGAGCCUAUCAUUUACACAAUGAAACAGCAUGAAAUCCCACCAACUUACAUUUCUGCUUCCAUUUAUCGAUAUGCAAAGAAGUGGAUCUUUCAUUGUAACAAUGGAAGGGAGACUAUGUCAAUUUACAAGAGGAAAUCUCAAAGAAAUGUAAUUGAAACUUUGGAAAAGCUUCUGCCUCACGGAAGAGAACUCCUUCCUUGCACAUUGUUGUUCGAAAUGCUCCGAUGCGCGAUCAACUUGGAAGCUAGCUCGGUUUGUAGGAAAGGUUUUGAGAUUAGGAUUGGAAAGCAGCUGGACCAGGCAAAAGUAAAGGACUUGCUAAUUCUUCCUCAAGGCUAUGCCAAGGAAGUGCAAUAUGAUAUUGAGUGCAUAAGGAGGAUUCUGAAAGUAUUCUACAGCAAUUACGAUAGCUCCGAUGCUUCUGGAUUUAUCUCCGUGGCAGAACUCAUGGAAGAAUUCUUAGCUGAAGUUGCUUGUGUUAUGGAUUUAAUGAUAGACAGUUUCAUUUCACUUGCAGAGAUGUCCAUGGCAGCAGCGUUAGGAACAAAAAGAAACUCUGAUGGAAUAUACCGGGCUAUCGACAUAUACUUUGAAAAGCAUGCUUACCUGACAGAGAAGGAGAAAGAACAGGUUUGUAAGGCCCUGGAUUUCCGAAAAAUGUCACCUGAAGCUUGUGAGCAUGCUGCCAAAAAUGAAAGAUUACCAGUGAGAGCAGUAGUGCAGGUGCUGUUUAUGGCACAGUUGCAGAUGCGAGAAACACUGGCCUGGACGGCUUAUUAUGACGACAAAUCAGAGAAAGAAGAGAAGGAAGAAGAUGAAGUAAGGAUGGAAAUGGAGAAAAUGAGCAUCAAGGUGAAGGAGCUUGAAAAGGACUGCCGUGAAAUGAAGCAAGAAAUCACAAAUGGGUGUAUCAGGCAAAGAGUAAAUAAAGGAAAGGUGAGCUUGUGGAGUGAAAUGAAGAGGAAAUUUGGGUGCAUGACUAGCAUGGGUGACUUCCAUUGCCCGGCCAAGAAGAAGAAGGAGCAUCCAAAAUGCGGAAUUCAUCGCAAUAGUUGAGUCAGUCAUCUUGAUGACAAUGCAUGUCAGUAAUAGACAAGAUAUUCUAUGUAAGCAAAAAUUUUAAAAUUUAAAAAUUAUUAAAAAUUCAAUUCUAAAAA